CGCUAAUGACAGUUUCUCCCAGCCCUUACACAAACCCCACCAGGCCCCGUGAUUUGGCAAGCCAGACAGAAUAAAGGCAGCACGGCAUUUGGCUUUUGAACUGAGUUCAAGGCAAUUAAAGUCAUGGACUAAGGAGGGAAGGAGGGGGUUCAGAAAUACCAGUAUAAUAAGUAGUAUGACUGGAGCGCUCCGUCAAUUAACUCAAUUAGACAAAGCCUGUUUUAACCGGGGAAGGCGGUGAGAAGCGCUCCCCUCAUUAAUCUGGCUGUUAGAGGAGCUUCUGAUGCAAUGAAAUUUGUUUUAGCGGUUUGCAUCACAUAAAGUCGUCUGUGUGUGUGCAUGUACACACGAGCACACAUGUGGGUUCUGUAAUUUUUGUGGGUCUUUUUUUCGAGAGGAAUAGAAGGCAGAUCCAAAAUAUACCCCCUAAAACGUAAAUUUCCCCCAAAUCAAAAAGCGGGUGAAUGCUCAAGAGUCCAAGAGUGGAAGGAAGAACAGGAGAAAGCUGGAGAGAAGCAAGGAGUGGAAGGCGAGAGAGUUCUCCCGGUUCUAAAGCCAUGAGCCCCCUUGGGUGGGGGCUUCUGCUCGGCUGUCUGGGCUGUGCGCUCCCGUCGGGGGCCCGGGCGCAGUUCCCCAGGGUCUGCAUGACGGUGGGCAGCCUGCAGGCCAAGGAAUGCUGCCCGCCGCUGGGCGCCGACCCCGCCAACAUCUGCGGCUCCCGGGAGGGUCGGGGCCAGUGCGCGGAGGUGCAGACCGACACCAGGCCCUGGAGCGGUCCCUACGUCCUGCGCAACCAGGACGACCGAGAGCGAUGGCCCCGGAAGUUCUUCGACCGGACCUGCAGGUGCACAGGAAACUUCGCCGGCUAUAACUGUGGAGACUGCAGGUUUGGCUGGACCGGCCCCACAUGCGAUCAGAAGAAACCAUUGGUUGUCCGGCGAGAUGUCCAUUCCUUGACCCCUCAAGAGAGGGAGCAAUUCUUGGACGCCUUAGACCUCGCAAAGUACACUCCGCACCCCGACUACGUGAUCACCACGCAACACUGGCUGGGCCUCCUGGGGCCCAAUGGGACCCAACCACAGAUCGCCAACUGCAGCAUUUAUGAUUUCUUUGUGUGGCUCCAUUAUUAUUCCGUCAGAGAUACAUUAUUAGGACCAGGGCGCCCAUACAAGGCUAUAGAUUUCUCACACCAAGGACCUGCCUUUGUUACCUGGCACCGGUACCACUUGUUAUGGCUGGAAAGGGAUCUCCAGCGCCUUACUGGCAACGAGUCCUUCGCUUUGCCCUACUGGAACUUUGCCACCGGCAGGAACGAGUGUGAUGUGUGCACAGACCAGCUGCUCGGGGCAGCAAGGCAAGAUGAUCCGACUCUGAUUAGUCAGAACUCCCGAUUCUCCAGCUGGGAGAUUGUCUGUGAUAGCUUGAAUGACUACAACCGCCGAGUCACCUUGUGUAAUGGAACCUAUGAAGGUUUGUUGAAAAGAAAUCAAGUGGGAAGAAACAGUGAGAAAUUGCCAACUUUAAAAGACAUACAAAAUUGCCUGUCUCUCAAGAAGUUUGACAGUCCUCCUUUCUUCCAGAACUCUACCCUCAGCUUCAGGAAUGCCCUGGAAGGGUUUGGCAAAGCAGAUGGGACCCUGGACUCUCAAGUGAUAAGUUUUCAUAAUCUGGUUCAUUCCUUCCUGAAUGGGACAAGCGCUUUGCCACAUUCUGCUGCCAAUGAUCCUGUUUUUGUGGUCCUUCAUUCCUUCACUGAUGCCAUUUUUGACGAGUGGAUGAAAAGAUUCAAUCCGCCUGUGGAUGCCUGGCCUCGGGAGCUGGCACCUAUUGGUCACAAUCGGAUGUAUAACAUGGUUCCUUUCUUCCCUCCGGUGACUAAUGAGGAACUCUUUUUAACCGCAGACCAACUUGGCUACAGUUAUGCCAUUGAUCUGCCAGUUGAAGAAACUCCAGAUUGGACCACAGUGCUCUCAGUGGUUACGGGGAUGCUCGUGGUUUUGGUUGUCCUUUUUGCAUUGCUUCUUUUCCUUCAAUAUAGACGACUUCGAAAAGGGUAUACACCCUUAGUGGAGACACAGCUAAGCAACAGAAGAUACACCGAAGAAGCCUAGAUGCUCACACCUUGCUCUAGAGAAGAGGCUGCCUGAGCCGUAGGUCUGACUGACAACCUGCAAAUGAAUCCUCACUGUUCUUCCUUUCGUUGAAGGGCUUUGGUAUAGCCCCUCCUGUUACAGUGAUGAUCCCAAGUAUGGAAGAUGUGUAGAAACUCUAGUUUCUGGUUUGCUUGUUUGUUUAACAAACAAGCUAAAGUGCUUGAGGGUAUCUCUACCAUCAAACAAAGGUACAGCUGAGGACAACUGGUGGUAUCUGAUAAUAAUUCCCCAUACUGAUUGAUUAAGCCUCCUCGUGUUCUGAUCCCCCCCCCCCAAAUCAAUACAGUGGACUCACUGAAAUAUGCAGGUCAGUGUAAUUUGAGAACUGGACCAGGUCAUGGUUACAUCUUUCUUAACUCACGUUUCUUCCUUUGUAAAGGAGGGCAGGAAUGUGGCAGGUGCUGCAUGAGUCUCCAAGGUCUCUUUUAGGCAUAAACAUCUAUGCUUUUAGGUGGAUUCCUGAUCAUCUUCCCGAGGCUUCAUUUUUCUUUUUCUUUCCAGUCUUUAAAAUGGCCUUGAAGAUGAAAAUAGGCCUUAUUUUCCAUAUGGGAAUAAGAAUGGAUGAAUGAAUGAUCAGUUUGGUUCUCUUUUAUAAAUUAGAUGUUACAGAGUUUAUAAAGGGUCUGCAGUUCUUAAUAGCAGAGCUCUCACAAGAAUCAAUAGCUGAAUAAACAUUGAUCCUAUAGUGGUAAGUGAACAGACAAGGAUUAAAUUGGUUUAAAUUAAUCUAGUUGAUUAAUAUACUGUUUUGAACUUAUUAACGAGUACAGCAUCACUCUUUCUGGGAAAGUCUGACUGGAGAAGUCUGGUGAGCUUCUAAGCCUGAACAGGAGACAAUUUGAUUAACAUUCCAUUGCCCUGAUCAUUUGGCUGAAAGUGAAAGUCCCUCAGUCAUGUCUGACUUUAUGCGACCCUACGGAGAAGGCAAUGGCACCCCACUCCAGUACUCUUGCCUGGAAAAUCAAUGGAUGGAGGAGCCUGAUA